AUGGCCAACUUCAUCGGCAAAGCAUUUUGGACGCAAUCCUAUUGUAUCCCUCCGCCACCUUUGACAGAGAAAAACCUCCCCGAUCAGAAAAAUCGGGUCCAUAUCGUCACUGGUGGAUAUGCUGGUGUUGGUAAACAACUGUCUGCAAUUCUUUAUGAAAAGGGCGCGACCGUCUACAUCGCUGGUCGCAGCGAACAGAAAGCCGAAGACGCCAUGCGUCAAAUUAAGGAGGAUCAUCCAUCGGCGUCGGGCCGUUUGCGCUUUCUGUUAUUAGAUCUUAACGACCUCACAACUAUAAAGGCGAGCGUGGAGAAUUUCUUGGCACAGGAAUCUCGACUUGAUGUUCUCGUCAACAACGCCGGUGUGAUGUUCCCUCCACAAGGAACGAAGACAACCCAGGGCCAUGACUUGCAAUUUGGAACGAACAUGCUGGGCCCAUUCCUGUUCACUAAGCUCUUGAUGCCCAUCAUGAUUGAAACCGCUAAAACUGCAUCCCCAGAUUCAGUGCGGGUACUCUGGGCCUCGAGUCUAGGAAUUCAUGUCUUGUCUCCAAGCGGGGGUGGCAUGGUGCUUGAUGAAUCUGGUGCACCCAAGGUUCUCGAUAACCAACAAACCAACUAUGCACAGACGAAAGUCGGCAAUGUCUUCUUGGCUGUCAAAACACAAGAGCUUUAUGGCUCUCAAGGUGUCAGAAGUGUUUCUUUCAAUCCUGGAAACUUGAAGACGGAGCUUCAGCGUCACUCUACCGGAUUAAUGAUGAAAUUGGCUGAGUCUAUGCUCUAUCCAGCUAUCUUCGGUGCUUACACUGAGUUGUAUAGUGGCUGGAGCGAGGAGGUUGGUGCUGAUAAGAGUAUCACGUAUGUGAUGCCAUGGGGAAGGGAUGGUACACAUAUCGUAAGGUCAGAUAUACAGAAAGCUAUCGAGAGCGGGGUAGCGGACAAAGUCUGGGACUGGUGUGAGUCAGAGACGAAAAGUUACUCGUAA